AUGAGCAGGCUUCAGAAGUCCUCCGUGAACAAUCGCGAUGCUUGGCACGAUCGGUACCUCAACCAGUUCUAUAAAACGGAGAUGUGCAGGUUCAUGUUGAACGGUCGUUGCAAGAAAGGAGAUGCCUGUAGCCAUGCUCAUUCCGAAGGGGAACUGAGGGCGAAGCCGGACCUCUCAAAGACGCGUAUGUGUCAAUCACUGCUCCAAAAGGGCGCGUGUUCUGAUCGCAAACGAUGCCCCUACGCACACGAUAUCAGACAGAUUAGGUCGACCAAUGCCUUCUUCAAGACUAAGAUGUGCUCCUUCUACGAAUCGGGUUGUUGCAAGCUAGGCAGCAAGUGCCGGUAUGCUCACGGCCAAUCUGAUCUCGGUCCCGACGAUUUGUCCAACGGAGAUAACGUUGAAGUGGUUGAACAUUCUCAUCUUGGGGAUCAUUCUUCGAGCAAAGUCAGCUCUGCAUCUACCACGCUUCCUGAUCUCGAUCACGAUUGCCGUAACAGCUCACGGCACACUUGUAUUGUUGGCCAUCAGGACGGCUCUGAGGAGCUCUUCUCCCCAACUCAAGACUCCGACACUAAUGGGCGGGAGCGGUACUUGAGAGAUUCUCGCGACCUCUCCUCUGCUGGACAACCAGGGCUUCUCAAUUAUCCAGGUUAUUAUUUCAUUAAUCAAGUUAAUGCUCCGUAUUCGGGGGCUUCACCUCCUCAACUCGUGUACUCGCCUUACCCUGUCCCCAAUGGUUUCCUACCGUUCCCUCCUCCUCACACGGACGUGGGUGGUGACAUCAAUAGGGUUGUCCCGUGGGCUCUUUCCGUCCCAACAGAUCUGUGGGCGAGAGUCAGCGUAAUCCAGCUCUACCCAACAUGCGGACAAGGUGCGAUCGGCGAUCUUCAUGUUCGAGCUGCUAACAUACUUCUCACCUCACCCAUCUUGAUGAUGCCUGGUGGAGUCGAGGCCCAGACAGUAGUAGCUCUUCACUCAUUCGACCCGGCCACGGUGAGCUGGCCGUUCAAGAGGGAGGGCCAGCGCUUAAUGAGGCUCUUCGCGGGAGACUUUGUGGAGGUUCUACAUGGCCCAGAUGAUAGUGACUGGUGGCUCGGUCGGCUGGUGCACAAUCCUGCGCGUAUUGGCUACUUCCCGCGCACCUUUACGGUGUCGUUGCUGGAGUACCACGAGCUCAAGGAAGGCGGCAAGGUAGACGACUCCAAUGAGAGCUCUGAGCAGGAGCGACGGAGGCAAUUCGACUUGAAUCCUGAGAUUAACGUGGACGACCCGUCGGCUAGGGCUAGCGACAGCAGCAGUGGCAGUGGCAGAAGGGCAAGGGUUGGCGGUGCCGGUAUUAUGCAAAAGAGUGAGCCCGCGGAGGCACUGGUCGGGAGGGGCAAAGUGGAGGAGUGGAAGGCCCCAACGGCGGCCCAUCCUUAUUUCCCGCCACUAUCAUCGAAACCUCCAGUGCCAACAGCGUUCGCUCCUUUGAAGUCUAAGAUGCUCAUGGCAAUGCCUGGGAUACCCAAACAUCGUCAUCGUGUGGUGGCGGACAGGAUAGAGGAAGAGGACGAGGGCAACAACUCCGAGCAGGACGAGGCGAGCAGGUCUGCAAAAUCCGGGAUUAGUGACGCUGGCAGAAGUAGGCUGGGAUCGGUGGCUCAGGCAGAAAGGAAACUUCAGCGGGGCCCUCGAGAGAACUCGACGCGUGAUGAUCUCGUGAGCUUACCAGUGGUGGACCUAUCGGGGAUGAGAGGCAUCCGGAGGGUCACGGAGAGUCGGUUGAGCACUCCUGCUACCUACGCCCAUGGGAGGCCUCAGCGGGAAUUCGUGAUGGCCAAUAUACCCCACGGCGUGCAGAGCCAUGCCCUUCGAGAAGUGAAGGAUAUUGCUGAGUUGGUACUCGAGAUAGCGGAGGAUAGCGGUCUGGCUGGCCCGGCCGAUUCCCGGGGGACCGCCCUGGCGAGGAGGGCCCUCCUGGCGGCCAGUGAGAGGCACAAAGGAGCUGAAGCCAUGAACAGGAUGGAGGCAUCUACGGAUAUGGAAGGCGAUGUUGGGGCGGCCGAAGACGCGGAGGUCAGCGAGUGGACGGAUGUGGCUUAUCGUGGGAGACGACAGAGCCUCUUUGACGGUCGCAUAAGAGCCACCACUUGUCGCGUGGCGGCUGGCAUCGAGCCUCCACAUAUGCGCCUGGCAAUUGAACGGGCUAGAGAGAGGGGCCAGAGGUGGACUCAGAUGUUCCGUCCCGGCCUGAAUGAUAUCGUCAAUGAGAGCCUCAAGAUGGGCAAGGACCCGUGCAUUCUGAGCAACCUCUACCUCUACGACUACGCCGCUCGAGAGCAGUUUAUGCGGCAGCACAUACGAGAUCAGAACGGCACCAUGUGGUUCGAGAUGCAGAGAAAGAAGUCCCAUCUGUUCUACAUGCGAUUGGAGUAUGUCGAUGUCAUGAUGCUACAUCCAGAUGCCUGGAGCUUCCCUGAUGCGGCCAAUGUGGUGAUGGGGAACCCUGGAAAACCCUAUGACCCCUUGCAUGGGUGGUUCCUCCAGUCGGCCCUCAAUGCCGACCACGAGUUCACUGAUGUCCGGUUCUCCUACGCCUUGAGGGUUAGGAGCAUACCUCCUAAGACCUUCAGCGCGAUGGCUUUGGGGAAGCUGCCGGAGUGGCUUGAGCCCUAUACGGAGCUGAAGGCUAAUCUUGAGGAGGCCGACAGUAUUGAGCUCAUUGAUCAGUUCUCGCAGCAGGAUAGUGAGGAUAGCGAUGGUACGGUAUCACGGAGUAGGAAGGAGCUCAGCAUGCAGGAGCUAUUGGAAGCAGGACUAGUAGACGAGGAACAGGUGUACGUCCACGUUGAUGAUCUACGCCGGGCUGAUAACGACAACCGCUUUGUGGCCCCUGAUGUUCUCGACGUUGAGGAAAAGCAGUAUUCUCUCACAGGUCUCAAUGGGCUCCGUCUUCUGUUGAGGGCCACGGGCAACCCUGACGGGACCAAGGGCCAUGUGAUGAUCAGUCCGAAACAGAUCAAGAGUCUGGCCUUCCAGCUCGGCAUCCACGGCAACUAUCACUACUAUUGGUAUUGUUAUUUUGCAUUACGUUACUGCUUGCCUCGUGACUGGGAGGUCAUCGUUCGAGGCUCUGACGUUCGCUACUAUGUGAAAAUGGACACUUCUGAGGAGACUGCUCAGACUAGUAUCAGCGGUAACGAGGCCCACAGUCUGGCAUUGGACCGAGGGCAGGUUUGCCACCCAAUGUUGGCAUCCUUCAGGGAGCAUCUCAAUGAUUGCAUGGUCAACGACUUCCUAUGGGACUAUCGUGGCUUCCUCAAGGUGAAGUGUAGUGAAUGCGGCGUCCUGGAUUCGGUGGUAUGGUGUCAACAGUGUACGGACAAUUUCUGUUGUGAUUGUUAUGCUGCUGUGCACAAGCGACGGAAAAGUCACUGGGCAUAUCCCCUGCCUGGGUGCCGGUACCUCACUGUGGGGGAGGCGGCCAUGUUCGAGGAAGCCUUGCCUUUUUUGAAUGUUGGUUUUUGUAAUCGGCGUCGGUUCCUAGCCCGGAACAAUCAGUCGGACAAGACGGGUCCAUGCCAAUGCCAAUGGUUGUUCUUCCCACGAGAGGCGUUCGAGGCGGCCCUCCAACAGUGUCCUGCUGAGCACUGGCAUUUGGCACGCCUUAACCCUCCGCGACUAGCACCAGAUGCUGAGGGCUUCUACUACAGCUUUUCUCACGAUGUCAUCACCGAUGACCCGUGCUAUAUUCAUCAGAAGUCGGCCGAACAGACUGCCUUGAUUACAAUUCAGAGGUUCCUACGCGGCGCGCUGGUGAGGAUGCGUAUGAGGAGACAGGCUGAGGCUGUGACUGUGAUUGCAUCUUAUAAGCGUAUGUGGGAUACCCAAAGGUCUUUCGGCAAGCACAGCGCAAAUGCUAUGAUACUACGGGCCUGGUACCGCAAGUUCCGUGCCCGGACAGAUCAACGACAGACUCACUUGAGGGUGUCUAAAGUGCAGGCAACGUAUCGUGGUGUGAUGGAGAGGCGCCGGCUGUUGGAGAAGCACAUGAAAGCUGCUAGGCUGCAGAGCUAUUGGAGGAUGAAGCUGAUUCAGAAGGCUCUGGCUCAUAUUGCUAGAGUGGCUCUGGAUAUACAGAGGGUCCUGCGAGGUUAUUGGUAUGGUAGGAAACCCGUGAGGGAGAUGCACAAGGCGGCGUCGAGGAUACAGGGGGUCCUUCGAGGGGCUAUAGUCCGUAUGAGGCUACGUAAGCAGCUGCGGAGCGUUGUAAGAGCUCAGGCUUUGGCCAGGGAGUUCCUGGACCGGAUGGGACUCAGGAGGAAGAUUUCAGCAGCAACGAGGAUACAAGCAUGUUGGCGUAGAUGGCAGGCUAGUCUUCAUGUGAAGGUGAUGAUAUUUGAGGAGCUGGAGGCUAUGGAGGCUGAGAGGAAGCGUUUGAUGAUGAGGAAACUAGCUACUAUGGCGGCGGUCCUUCUACAGAGGAACUUUAGACGCAUCGUGGACACGCGGCUCACGGUUAUGAUGCGCCGCUCGAGAGCUGGUACAGAGAAGCAGGUCAACACAGUGGUGGGCCAAGUUAUGCUGGCUCUGAUGGGGAUUAGUACUCAUGUACAUCCAUGGUGGAGGCAUCUACCACCUGCAGUGGCAAUGCAGCUGAGGGACCUCAAGGCCCACCUUCAGAGGGUUAUUGCCAAUGUGCCGAUACAGGCAUUCGAGAAGCUUGGCUCAGAGAUGUUCUUUGGGAGGAAGGAGCGGUUCAAAGAGAAGACGAUCGAUAUCGCAGGAAAGUCUAAGACGAGCGAUAUGGCGGUUGAGAUCUUUCUUACUGUGAUCAAGGAGACCCUUAACAUGGCAAGGGGGCAGCUCACGGUUGAGCGGCUGAAGGAGGUCAUAGUGUGGACAGCGCAUGCUAUGGGCCACUGCGCGGUUGGCAUUGACCAGGCUAUGGAGGGCAGAGCUUUCCCUCGGGAGAUCAUCAGACUGAGUGAUGUUCCUGGGGAAGGUACAUGUACGGUGCCAUGUAGGGCAAAGGAGCCGAUGGUGCUGUUGUGGAGGGACAUGGCCUCGUUACAGCAUGUUCACGAUAAGAGGAUGCGCCUAGUGAAUGAGAAUUUUUGGUUGCUCGUUAUGAAGGGGCUACCUCAGAAGGUCCUAAACGUAACUCUCAUUGCGGAGACUCUCAUCACUUUGAGGGAGUUCCUGGACCAAGCCAGGCUGCAGAUGGACAGUAAUUUAUCAUUCCAAGGGGUGGACGCUUCUACGGCCCAGCAGGUAUUUGAUCUCAUGGGGUGUGAGGUUGAGCACAAGCUGCCAGACGACUGGGCUGUGAACUAUGGGAAGAAGACGGCACAUGUAGUGGUCCAGGAGCUGCUACGGCAUGUGAAAAAGAUAGAGCCAUCGAUGACCGAUAAGGCUGCCGAGCGGAAGCGGGCGCGCGAUUUUGCUUAUUUGACCCGUCGGCAAGUACUGAGAUGUGUUCAAGGCCUAGGAGUAAAGUUGCGGGCCGUGGAGGUUGAGGCUCCGAGCGCUUGUGAUCGAUCGUUAGAGAUGCAGCGAUUGAAGGAGCUCUUCGUUCUGAGUCGGAGGAACGAGUACCAGGAGCAUACCCCCUUCGUGUUGGGAGUGGUCCUCAUACACCUAACCCUGCGAGCCCUGUUGGCCAGGGUCAUCAGGCAUCGAGCGGCGAUGGUCAUACAAAGUCAAUACCGCUACUAUAGGGUGAAGACCUACACUAGCAAGAUGAAGGGGCCGGUGUUGAUGAUACAGAGAUGUUGGCGGGGAGUGAAGGCAGCGCUGCGGCUUGCCAAGGAGAACAGUGCAGCUGUUAUGAUACAGCACAACGUUCGGUCUAUAUUCACCAAGAGGAGGAAUCGGUCGCUGUUUGAGGCUGUGCUGAGGUUACAGAGUGUGUUCCGUAUGAUGGUAAGGUAUUUGGUCCGGAAGUCCUAUACACUCAGUCAGUACCGAGACGCUUUGGGGGAGCACAGGACUAAUGUAGUGGAUAUGAAGCGUAUAGAGGCAAGGCGGAGAAUGAACAAGCUGCAGCUUUACAGACAACACGGUUCAUCCAAGGAGGAGACAGGAGCUGAGGUGAAGAGGCUGUCCUGUUAUGAGCCUCCGUGCUUCGCACGGCGCCGAAUGCAGGAAAUACGGCCACGUGAGGUUAUGGAGAAAACUGCGAUACAAAGGGCAUGCGAGGCAAUACACAGGAAUUUGGCGGCAUUAUCCUCGAGGGCGGCUGGUCAGACAGGAAAGGGUCGUGUACAUGCAGCCGUGAGACGAGGUCAGAUGAUACUGGCUAGCCGGAAGAUGAAGAGAGGAUGCAACAGGAGGAGUGCUACUGCGGCGAUGAAUGACUGUGAUACUACUACCAAGGAGCACAUUAUUCCGAUUGUCUUCCUCUACGCGACAACCUACAUGUAUGGAUUCUUGUGCCGUACCGAUGAUUCGAGGCCCUCAUGGGGUAGCCGAUUGCCUAUGAUUCACAAGCUUGCGGCAGCAAUGACAUCUUCCCCGAACAGCUUUGGGGAGCACAUAGCUGCAGUAGCGAGGGUCAUCUCGAACAAAUUGACGGCCGACACGGAGAUGGGUUCGUCGAUGCCGGGAGGAAAAGAGGAUCCGUGGAGGAAAGCUACGAAGAAUGCGGCGACUCUUUGGACUCUAUCAGCAGUAUGGCGGAGUACCAACGAUCAGUUCACCACGCGAGCUGCCGGUGGUGGAAAGUAUAGGAGUCUCAAGCAUCGACCGCACUGGGCUGUACUAGAUCGUGCGAUAUACGACGGAGUCCUAGGCAGGGGUUAUCUGGGUUUGGACCCCGACCAGAUUCCGUCUCCAGAGACAGUGACAUCUCAUGGGCGCCUAGUGGAUUUUACUAGCGGCAGCGGAGGGUUCUCCAAACAGAAAGCUGCUAGACUGGACGAUUUCAUCAACGACUCCAUCGCGCUGCGUUUCGCCAUUGACUGGCUACAGGAAUGUCUAGACCAGAGUAUUGAAGCUCUCGGGAGGAUUAAUCAACGCAGGGCAAAGGCAGAGUUCGAGGCGGUGGCCGCAGGUCGUGCAUCUAGAGGCCGGAAAGGAGGCGCCGAGGACAACAGCAUCUGGUCAGAUGAUGGAGAGCUCAGAGGGAUCAUGGGUGUCACUAACAAACUCCUUGAUAUCGUAAUCUGCAGCUCCUCCACGUCGCCACUGCUGUAUGGUGCGUGCGUUGGUGGUCACUUACUGGUGGCUGUUUGGAAGGGCAUCGAGCCAGACGCUUGCGCGCUUCGUCAAGCUCGCAAGCUGGCCCAGUCUCCCGAGGCAAACGCACAAGUUAGGACUGGCUGGCGAAGGAGAUCAGCUGAGAAGUGUGCGCCGAGCGGUAGGAGCGUGAGCCCUGUCGAGAGGCGUGAUGAUGAUGGACCCAAUGGUUUCCAUGACGAUAAGGCGAUAGAGGCCUUCAGACCCAAGAUAUCAUCAUAUCUGGGAGGCAGGACUCAACGUACGGCUACCGACUCUGUUGUUCGUAAUGGAGACAACGAUCGUCCAGCUCGGUCAUCCAGGGUUAUCGUUGCUGCCGACCCUGGGGAUCUACCGGCGCCCGAGAUCAUUCAAGCUGACCACUAUGCUUGUGCUAAUCUAUACUUCAUUUAUGUCUACAACUUGUGGUUGGCGAAGGACAUGCUGCAGGUCUGGCAAUGGCUCACUUGGGGUUACGAGAGGGUGAUGGAGCAAUUUGCAACGCUACUUGAACGGAACCAUAAUCUGAAGCCUAUGUUGGAGGCCAUAACUGCACAGCUGAAGCAAAGACAGGUGGCCGAAUCGCGGAAAUCAGCAGUAGUCAGCAGGCGAAGUACGAGAACGGCUAUCAAAGUCGAGAGCAGCCCCUCGAAGAAAGGCCAGGAGGCCUUCAUCUCCCGCUCAGUUACAGAGCCGUCACUAACUCCUAGUGGCGACCGCAAGAAGAAAGCGAAGUUGAGUAGAGCGUCCACGUCCAAGUUACGGUCCCCCAUGAAUAUUACAACUACUGAUGCGGUAGGACUGUUACAGGAGGAUGGAGUUGAUAAGGAAUAUAUGCGGGAGUACGAUGGUCUUAUGGUCUUAUGUCUACUCUCAUGGGAUCACAGAUAUCUCAUUGAUAUGAAUGGGGACGACUCGCAGUUCAAAGACAUCCAUCCUAAUGUUCUGCCGAGUGGUAGACCGGAUAGCCCACAGGGGGUAGAUCCAGAAGAGGUCCUACUUCGCGAGAUAGGCGGCCCUUCGACAGACCUGGGCGAGAAUCCUGAAGUUACGGUAGAAUUCUGUCUCAGUAAGCUGCAACCGAUAUGGCUUGGGAUCAAGCCUGUGAGGUUCCGUAUAUGCCGGGCCAAGCUGCUGCAAAUCUUAAAGGGCCCAGAAAAGGCCACGCAGUUCGUGGAGCAGGAGAGACAGGGCAACUACCUAGCGUGCAUACUUCUAUUGGAGGACACUAGCAAUGGCAACUUGAAUAUCCUCAAUCCAGCUACACUCAGUCCCAAUAAGCCCUUCUUGAUCGAAACUGUCAUGCAAGUCGUGGCUGGCUUCAUUGGUCUAUGUGUCAAGAACGGACAGUUCGAUGAGGCGGCGAGAUUAGCUCAAGAAGUCCUGGAGAAGCUGCCUGGUUCACUCCGAAUGCUGCAUGCAACUCAUAGGACUGUUAUUGAGGCAUAUCUCUUCGAUACUGCCCUUGGGGUGGCCUUCGCCUCAGCAGAGGUAGAUCCGAAACUGCUCGGGGAUCGCGCUGAGUACUUCUUCCAGCAGGCAUCGAGUCGUUAUCUAAAGAUGGGCCACAUAUGUCGUUACGCUAAGUGCUGCCUCCGAUACUCCUGCGUACUGUAUCGUCAAGAACAUUAUCAUGAAGCUGAGUACUUCUGUUCUAAAGCGGUACAGGAAUUGACAGAUAAUCCCGAGACUUCUAAAGCUAAUUCUCUAUUGGCAACAGCCUUCAUCAACAGUGCAGUGGCUGCCGCAGCGCAAAAACAGAUGAUAGAAGCUGAUACCCACAUGGAGAAAGGUAUGGCCUUGCUACGAGAUUUGCCCAAGUUGAAGGUUGAGCAACUGCAAGCCCUCGACAACACCGUGUGGAUGAUAAGAAAGCUGAAGGAGUUAUGGCCGUUGUACCAAGACCAAUUUGUGAACAGACCACAGCUGUCCACAUGA